AUGCCUCCCCCGGUAGAGGAUCUGUCUGACGAGGAGUCUGGUGACAUUCCUUUCAGAGAUGCCCCAGAGGAGGCACCCAAUGCCGAUAAAGAAGCCGAGGAAGAAGAAGAGGAGGAGGAGGAGGAAGAUAAUGAUGAAGAAGACGAUGGAGUCUACAUAGUUGAAAAGAUCGUUCAACAUAGCUGGCUGGAUGAUGGCACUCUCAAGUUACAAGUGAAGUGGAAAGGAUAUGAAGAUCCUAAUGACCUCACAUGGGAAGAUGAGGAAGGUCUAAUGGAGGGAGCUGGUGACAUUGUCAAUGCAUACUACAAAACGACGGGAGGUCGACCGGAGCUGCCCACACAGAAGCAGAAGUCCAAGCCAGGCCGCAAGCGCAAGUCUAUGGGCGAUUCAAAGUCAAAGACAGCCACUCCUACCCCAACUCCAGCCGCUGAGACCAAGAGACGACGAAAGUCUACGCCCAAACAGACCGAUACAACAAAGCAAGAGCCUACCUCGUCCGAAGAAAAUGGCGCUGGAUGGUUGCCCAAGGGCAAGAACUGGGAUAAUGAAAUCGAGAAGGUGGAAACCAUUUUCAAAAGCAAUGAAGGAACUCUCCUCGCAUGUCUCGAGUUCAUCAAUGGAAAGAAGGCUACAGUGGAAAUUCCGGUUUGCUAUGAGAAAUGUCCUCUAAAGAUGCUCAAAUUUUACGAAUCGCACCUCGUCUUCAAGAAUGAGAAUGAGGAUUGA